AUGAAGAUCAUCCAUCCCAUCCUUGUUGCCAUCGGUUUGCUGAGUGCCGUCGUAAGCUGUUCCCAAAACAAAGAAUGCCAAACACUCAAGCUCGUCAGCAAAUGUGGAAAUGAGCCAUGCACGUACAAGGUGGAUGCUACUGGUCCUUUUAUUUCUGAUCAUCUCAAACAAACGGUGACAAACAUCUACAAGCGCUCGUGCGUCUCUCCUCCCGAUCCCAGCAUCUGCUCCAAGUAUAAUGGCUUGGAUGAAACAGGGUGUCUUCGAAAUCAAUGCAGCUUCCUUGUGAAGACAACAGAGCCUUUUGGCGGGAAACCAGUACGAUACGAUUUUUAUUGUGAUAGUAUAUUGAUUUAA